AUGUUCCUCUUCAACACACACACACUAGGACCGCCGCUGGACAUUGGCAUGGACCUGACGAUCGCCAGCUUCGACAGCAUCUCCGAGGUGAACAUGGACUACACCUUGACGCUGUACCUGCACCAGUACUGGAAGGACGACCGCCUCGCCUUCAGCCAGGACAACAGCGUCGAGCUGACGCUGUCGGGCGACUUUGCCGAGCGCAUCUGGGUGCCGGAUACUUUCUUCGCCAACGACAAGAACUCCUUCCUUCACGAGGUGACGGAGAAGAACAAGAUGGUUCGCCUCAAGUCGGAUGGAUCCAUCUCUUAUGGAAUGAGAUUCACCACCACCCUCGCCUGCAUGAUGGACCUGCACUACUACCCACUCGAUUCGCAGAACUGCACCGUAGAGAUUGAAAGCUACGGCUACACCGUCUCCGACGUGGUGAUGUACUGGACGGACACCCCGGUGAACGGCGUCAAGAACGUCAAACUGCCCCAGUUCACCAUCGUCGGCCACGAAACCACCGACCGGAAGGAGUCCCUCGCCACGGGCACCUACCAGCGCCUGUCCCUCCUCUUCAGCCUCAAGCGGAACAUCGGCUACUUCAUCUUCCAAACCUACCUGCCCUCCAUCCUCAUCGUCAUGCUCAGCUGGGUGAGCUUUUGGAUCAACCACGAGGCCACUUCCGCUCGAGUGGCCCUCGGCAUCACCACCGUCCUCACCAUGACCACCAUCAGCACGGGAGUUCGCAGCUCGCUGCCGCGGAUCAGCUACGUCAAGGCCAUUGACAUCUACCUGGUGAUGUGCUUCGUCUUCGUCUUCGCCGCCCUGCUCGAGUACGCCGCCGUCAACUAC